AUGUCAUCUCGGCCCUCUCGUUCUGCUUCUUUGAAGUCAAGAAAUCAACAACCAAAGAAAGUACCGAGCAGUUCAUACUACCUGGGCUAUGUCGAAGACGAUGAAACCAUAGAAAUGAUUAUGCAAAAAUUUGAAGAAUUAGAAAAGCUUCAACAAAAUCAACAUCAUGCAAAAGCCUCUUCAUCCACUUCAUCGGAACGAAAUCAUCAAGAUGAAUCAUCAUCGUAUCUCGAUGAAGCACAGCAAGAAGAAUUAUUUAAAAGAACUUCUCAUCACUCUAUUCAAUCGAAUAUUUAUGCAGAUAUUAUGAGAAAUUUUGAUGAUAUCGAGAGCGAAGAAGAAGGCUUAGCAGCAACCAGUUCCGACUAUUCUGAUGAUGAUGCAGAUUAUCAAGAGGAUGAUGAAGAGGCUGUUGAAAUUGUUUCCGAUGAUAAUUUUGAAGAAUGUGUGGAUGAAGAUAUUGAAGAAGAGGAUACUGAACUGCAACUUGAUAGUGUUGGGGAAGAUGAAGAAGAUGUCAUUUCUUCUAUGACCGAAAAAGAUGAAACUCAUGCAAAACGAACGAAAAAAAAGAGAAAAACUACAAGUCAGAGAAAAUCCCAUAGAAAAGGAGCCUCACAUCAUUCAUCAGAAUCUGAUCCAAGCACCAAUGUAGACAUUGCUAGCAUGCUCCUGGAUCCCAACAUGAAUUUCCUCAAAAUGAUUGAAAAAGCCUCUCACAACAAAUCAGGAAAUUCCAAAAAGUCAACAUCCACAGAAAUUGUAAAUAUCCCUACCUCGAAUAAGGUGUUAAAUGCAUGGGCGAAAAUUAUUCAACCCAUUGAUUUGGAAGAGUGUGAAUUGAGGCAUGAAAUUCAAUGUCCAACCAUGAUACGUCUCUCUGGUAACAAGUUGACUUCGAAAAUCGUGGUACAAAGACAACAGCAAAGGAAUGAUUCGUGCAGUAGUAGCAGUUCAGGAAUGGUCUAUCAUAUUCAAACCAAAGAAGAUGUCAUUACCACACCCAAUGUACUCACGUUCAAUUUCAAAAAAAUUUCCAAAAAUGGACCAUUUGAGGGAAUCUUAAUUGAUCCUCCCUAUGAUGACAUUGAAGUUGAAGAUCUGAAAAAACUUCCUCUUGACAAGGAAUGGUUCAUUCAGAAAGGCUACUGUUUCAUUUGGGUAGAAAAAGAAUUCACUGUCCAAGUGAUCAAAAUCAUGAAAGAAUUUGACUUUGAUUUCGUCGAUAGUAUGUGUUGGGUCCGUGAAGAAUUGAAUCAAUCCUUUUCGACUGCACCUUCUAACUUGUUUCCCAAAUCUAAACUCUCGCUUUUCAUAUUCAGAAAAAAGAAUAGUCUUACGAAAUCCAUGCAUUUGAAGCAUCAACGAAAUGCAGAUGUUGUGUUUGAUUUCAAAAAGGAGAAUCCAAGAGAAAGGCCUUCUAUUGUCUUUCAUGUGAUUGAAACUUUGCUUUUUUCUUCAAAUAGUUUUUUAGAGUUGUGGGGAGAAGGAUGUUACAAACAUUGCAAACACAAGACACCCACGAAAUGGACUAUUAUUAAGGAAAUACGUUGA